AUGACUUCAAUUCAAAAAGCAGACCCUUAUUCACUUACAGCAAUUGAAAAUUUGUUAGAAACUUGAGAAUAUUCGCCAGAAAGGGUCUUUUUCGCAGUAAAAGCAAUUUCCGAUGUUGUUCGAUUCCACAGCAACAUGCUUAAAGAAUUUGAGCAUAGUCUAAUGGCAAAAUCCUCAAAAUCCGAACUGAAUGCUGCUUUAGCAACAAAACCAAAUAUUUCCGAUAUAAUCUCAAGCCUUUCAGAAAUUACAUCAUCAAUAAAUAAUAAGCCAAACAUUGAAGAAAUCCAAGAUUUAAUAGAUGAAAGAUUUUCUUAUAAUAAUUCCUUAUAUCAACUUUCCAAAAAAAUUUCUUAUGAAGAAUUGAAUAAUGCUUUACAAUCAAAAGUAGACUUGAUAGACUAUAAAAAAGAUUACAGGAUUUUAUAUGAAAAUUUAAAUGACGCUACAAAGAAAAUACAAGAAACCCUAAGUGAAGGAGACGCCAGAAAAAUUUAUGAAAUUUUAGAAACCAAAGCCAAUCUCGAAGAUGUAAAUGAAGCUUUGGAACAUAAAGCUAACAAGCAGACAGUAGCAAAUGCAUUGCAUAGAAAAGCGAAUAGAGGAGAAAUUGAAAGUAUUUUAGCUUCUAAAGCUGAUAUUAGAGAUUUGCAAAAUUUACUUGGAGCGAUUGAAGCAAAAGUUGAAUACGGCGCUUUAGAAUCUAUUAAAAAAGAAAUAGACCAAAAAUGCUCAAAAAAAGAUUUAGACGAAUUAUACGACAGAAUCAAAGGCAUGAAAAGUCAUGAAUGCAAUAGUGAAAUUUUAUUGCAGGACUGAAAUAAGAACAUUGAUAAAAUCAAGCAAAAAAAUGAACAAGAAAUCAAUAAAAUUAUAAGUGAAUUAAGAAAUUUUGAUGAAAAAUUAUUAUUAAAAGCCGACCAAAGCUCAAUAAAUCAAGUUCUAGAAAUUCUGAACACAAAAUCAGAAAAAGAGCAGGUAGAAGAAAUUUACAGCCAAAACUCAAAAAUAAACGCAGCCUUAAAGCAAGUAAAAUCAGAUUUUACAGAAAAAUACAAAAAUCUGGAAUUCGAAUACAAAAGAUUUGAUGAUGAAGUUGGAAUUCUGAAAAAAAACUUACUCCCCCCCUUUUUAAAUUGGAACUAAAAAUUUUGUUCCAAUUUAAAGGGGGGGUUAAUUUUUUUUUUAAAAAAAAUAUCAAUAUAAAAUUUUUUUAUAAAAUAUAUAAAAAUUAAAAAAAAAAAAUUCAAAAGCUUAUCGAAUUAGAUCAAUAAAUUUGUUUAAUAAAAUGCUAUUUACUCUUUAUCCUUUAAAACAAAGCAAGAUAUAACUAAAAUUUCAUUGUUAGUUAAUACGCCACUAUUAAUUGGUAUCUAAAUUAUUUACGCAAAAAUUAUUAUUUUUAUUGAUAAAAAAAAAUUAAAAAAAAAAAAUUUUAGAAAAUUUAUCGAUCAAAGUGCUAAUUCAGAUGCUAUUUAUACUAUAUUCUUUAAAAUAAAGAAAGAAAUAAGUAAAUUUUGAAAUUUUAUAAAAAAUCCUAUUGAAUUUAUAUCAAAACUAUCCAAAAAAAAAAAAUAUCAUUUUUACCAAAAAAAACAAAAAUUUUUUUGAAAAUUUUAAAAAAAAAAAAUUAAUUUUUUUUUAAAAUUUAGCAAUUAAGGAUAAUAAAUUUAUUUAAAUAAGAUGCUCUUUAUACUUUUUUCUUUAAACAAGAGCAAGAUAUAACUAAAUUUUUAAUUUUAGUUAAGAAGAAGCAUUUAACUUAUAUCAAAACUUUUUAGAUAAAAAUUAUAUAUAAUUUUUUAUUAUAAAAUUAAAUUUUGUUCCAAUUUAAAGGGGGGUUAAUUUACCAAAAAAGUGGAAAUUUUACCGAUAUUUUGUUCCAAUUUAAAGGGGGGGGAGUUAGAAAAUACAAAAGAAAAAAUAUCAAAAGAUUUGUCAGAUUCAUUUAAAGAAACUAAAAAGAUAUUUGACACAGAUAAAACAGUUAUGAAUGAAAUUUUGAAGCAAGAAACGUUAGAAAGAGAAAAAAUAAAAACUAGUGUAAAUGAAUUAGUUAAACAAAUUUAUUUAAAAAAAGAAACUGAAGAUGCUAUUGAAAUAGCAAGUAAAGAUUUAUUAGCAAAAUGCAAAAAAGAAUCCAAAUAUAAUUUAGAAGCUUUUAACUCAGGAAUCGCUGAAAUAAAAGCAGAGAUGAGAAGCAUUUUGAAUAAUCUAGAAAAGGAGUUUCUGGUCCAAUUAGAAAAAAAAUUGAAUUUUUCUGAUUUUUCUGCAGAAAUGGAAGCUAAAGCAGAUAUUUCAGCCUUAGAAAGAGCAAUUGCAAGCCGAGUUUCUCAUGGAGAAUUAGAAGAAGUAAAAGCAGAAAUGGAGCAAUUACAAAGUGAAAUUAAAAGAAAAGCAAGCUUAGAGGCCCUUGACAACUCACUUAAAAGUUUCAAAGAAUUAGUAGAAGAAAUUAGUAAAGAACUCCUAUUAAAAGGAAAUAUAAAAGAUAUAUUAGCGCUUCUUGAUACAAAAGCUACUAUUGAAGAAGUAAAUAAAUCAAUUGAAGAAAUAUAUAGCGAUCUUCAAUUAAGAGCUCCUUUAGACGAUUUUAAUAGUCACAUCUCAGAUCAAGCUUUAAUUAAUGAAGCUUUAUGUGCAGAAAAUUGCAUUGCAAGAUGAAUUUGAAAAAAUGGAGAAACCAGAGGAAAUAGUGUGGUUUGGGAAAUUCAAAGCGUUAAUACCUGCCCAGAUAAUUUUAUAUGGGAAAAAGAUUGCAUUCAAACACUUGCUCCUGGACUCUAUGAAAUCAAUUAUGCAUUUUUUGCUAGAAAAAAGCCUACUGUAACACUAAUAAUUAAUGGAGAGCCGAUAGGAAUUGCUGGAGGAAGCCAAUGCACAAAAACAUGGACUCGACAUCCAGCUGGAAAUGUUUCUGGCUUAUCUGUUAUUGAUUUUUUGGCCCUCCCAGCAAGAGCUCGAAUAAGCUUUGCUUUUUCAAGUGAAGCUUCUGGUGAAGGCUUUUUAGGUCUAAAAAAGUUAUAA